CUUGAUUCGCACAGCUGCUAGUUGUGGGACUGUCUGUCUAUAUACAUAAGACGAAAUUCUAUACAUUGUGUAAAGAAGAAGCAUGGAUCCCAUUCAAGAAAAACCGAGCAAGGAGGUCGACAUUUAUCGUGACACAUGGGUCCGCUUCUUAGGCUAUGCCAAUGAGGUGGGGGAGGCCUUCCGUGCCCUGGUGCCAGUGAGCGCUGUAUGGGCCACAUAUGCGGUUGCCACCGUGUAUGUUUCCGCUGAUGCUGUGGACAAGGGGAAGAAGGCUGCUGUGGAGCAUGGUGACAACCCAGGGAAGACAACCAAGGUGGCUGUAGCGGUGGUGGACACGUUUGUAUGGCAGGCCUUGGCCUCUGUGGCUAUCCCAGGCUUCACCAUCAACCGUGUGUGUGCCGCCUCUCUCUACCUCCUAGGAAGAACCACGCGCCUGCCCCUCUCUGUACGCAAGUGGACCACCACGGCCAUCGGCCUCUCCACCAUCCCCUUCAUCAUCCACCCCAUCGACAGUGGAGUGGACUUCCUGCUGGACUCCAGCCUGCGUAAGUUCUACCGUCACUCUGCAGGAAAGAAGCACGACUAAUAAGGACCACAUCCACCCUGUAGCCUGGCCUGGACAGGUUAGCUCUACCAGGAAGUUCACCUUCUCACCCAGACAGGACUUCCUCCCAGGCCAGCUGAAACCUCUGCUGAUCACUCUACUAACAUCAUUGUGAAGCUCAAAGCCAACACAGCAGGGUUACUCAACUCCAGUCCUCCAGGGCCACUGUACUGUGUCUGCCAGUUGUCUAUGCCCCUCUGUCUUUCAACCCUAUUGUCAUCUUUUCAUUUUUAACUCCAAGUUAGGGGGACUUAUGACUCUUCGGCCCGUCAAUGACAUUGUAUCAGGAAGAAAAGAGAUCCAACAGACAGUGUUUCCCUCCAGGACUGGAAUUGAAUACCCCUGGCUGCUACUGGCCUGCAGUGCCCACCUGUUCAUGUUCAGACCUCCACUUGGCGUGUAUCCAGGUCGCUCUUGCUGUUAGCCAUAUUCAGGGAAUAUUCGGGUCAAUGUCAUCAACCCUGGCAUUGAGAGCCUAUUUUCACUACAAGUAAACAUUUAUCUUUGUUUUUCUGUUUAUUUCUGCCUCAGAAAGAAUGACUGUCACUUUGAAUAAAGCUUGACAGAGUAUAUUGUGAUGCACUUUUCAAUGUUCAGUCUUGAGAUUAACCUCCAGAGCUUUUUUGCCCCUUGUCAUUCAAUACCGAGUUGAACAGAAUAGAUGUUAAGAUUCUUUAAGUUUUUGUUAGCACUAAAGAUUGUUACUUUGGUGACAUCUAAGGUAUAGAAAGUAAAGUAAUAAUUGUGGAACAUGGCCUAUGCAGAAAGCGUAUGAAAGGAAUAUGCAUAAAAUACUGUAAUUAUUGCCAAAGCUACCCAUCAGUAUACUAUGCUGUGCUGCACUAUGCAACGAAACCAAGUCAUCAUAUACAAAAAUGGGAAUUGCGAUUGGAAUGUGUAAAUUGUGACAUACUGGGAAGUGUUGCCAAUUGUUCAUACCCCAGAACUAACAUUCAGCAAUAAUUUGUACUUAAAUUCUGUUAUGUAAAUUUCUGUGUUUGUUAUAUAUUGUUUACUUUUUAGUGAAUGUGAAAAAGGCAAAGGCACCAAAACGCAAGCACUUUGUGAUAGUUUGUGAAUAUAUUUUCUCUUUCAAAUGAUUUGUCCACAGUCACAAAAUCAAAUGUCAUACUGUAUUUCAAUAUACAUUUUUUUUUAUGUAUUUAUUUUCAUGCUGGAAACAUAAGGGAAUGUUUAACUGUUUGCACAUUUUCCUCAAAGAUUUAAACAUUUAAGAGACACUUAUUUUAUAACAUGUUUAAUUUCCAAUGUUUUAGCCUUAACAUUCAAAUAUGUUUUCAAACCAGCUACUGAAAACAUUUUACAUUUUCUUUAGUGUACAAAAAAAGUUAACAUAUUUUCUUUGACAAAAUAUAGUAAUUUAUCAUUGAAAGUGAAAGCUAUACUAAAAUGGGCCACUAUCUAGCUAUUCCUCUGUUUUGAAACUGUUUUGAAAUAUACUGUAGAAAAACAUAACAU